AAACAAUUGCUGAUGUCAAUAUAAUAGAUCUGAUUGGGCAGGGCUUUAUUAAGUGAAAGCGUUGUGGAGACGUUGAGAAUCUUGUGCUGAUCAACGAUAUGUGUAGCCGGCGUUUAAAUGAAAGGACCUUAUCUGCACACGAAAAAAGCGCUUAUUUCAAGAUAGCGCUUAUAAAAGAUAUUUCAUUCAAAGCAUUGUCUAUAAUGUAAAGCGAAAUGUAUGUAUGUGUGUUUAAAUCAAUCCGUGGGAUUUUUUUUUUCUUUAUUUAACGGACGACGUUGUCUUUUUCAGAAAACUCACUUACUUUAAGCCGGCGCUUCUAGGAAACGUUUUAAAAUAUUUAUUUUUCUCGAGGCUAAGCAUUGUAUUCUCUCGUGUUUGUGACUAAAUAUGACUAAGCAAUCAUUUUCUUGUUUUUUUUUUUGUGUGGUCAUCGUCAAAAGAAUCGAUUUUCUGUACGGACAGACAAUAAACUGUCGAUUGGAACCAAUUCUAAUCAAAAAGAGUUAUGUCUAGUGAAUGCAGCGCAGAGAAUAGUAGAGGGAUAGAGAACAAUUGGCCAACAUAGCGGUUAGUAAUCGAUGCUCGAUUUUGCAACUAUACGCUGUUAACAGCUUGUCUAUCUUGUUGUGUACAUAUUUGAUAUCCAACAAGUUUCGACGACUUUUCGUCACCCGUUACGAUUCCGCGGCACUUUCCUUCGGAAUGCUCCUAACGGUUGACUUGUUUAGCAGCUCUUACAGAAACUAUGUUGCGUACAAUCCUGCGUUAUUUGGCUAAAGCUUAGUGGGGCAGUACUCUUAUAUGGAGAAGUCAUUAAUUAUUUGACAAAGGGUCAUAGAUAAAACCAAGUUAAGCCUUAAAAGAAAAGGUACAUAUAGUCAAUAAGAUUUCUUCCAUCUGUCACAAGAUUUCCUAUGUUACAAAGGGAAUCAAAGCGAUCAGUAGCGUUUAUUGCGCGUAAUAUCUGUAACCAUAAUUGUUCGAAUUCGACGUUUCGUGGAAUACAAAUCGAAUACUUACGUUAUAAUUGUUAUUUUUCUUAUGGCUCACUUAAUAUAGAUAUAUGUUCAAGUUGUUUCUCAAUAGCAUCUAUACACAUAUGUGUAUGUUCUCAAGUGUAUGAAACUAUUUUUACAAUUUGUUAUUUAGUUAUUACAGACACCCGUGCACAAGUUAUUAAUUCAUGAAUAAUUUAUUCAACGUUCGUCUCAGAAAAUGCGCUACUACAACAACUGCUUUAAUUUAAAUAUUUAUUGUCAGUCAUAACAGUCGUAAAUAAAUAAAUUUUGUUCUCCAGUAAACGCAUUUUGAGUUGAAUUUAUCUGCCAAACCUAUUUUAGAAAUAUUGCUUGGCUAACGUCACAACUAAUGUCUGUAACUGUCGCCUUAGGGCAAUUGCUUGGGGCAGCUGCAAGCUUGAGGAAUAAACAUUCAAUGGAUGUUUACUAAAAGCCUCGAUUGAUUGCUAAAAAUAUUAAUUUGUCGCAGCUUCUUAUUUAUCAUACAAAAAGCGGAGUAAUUCAACUCACAAGCACAUGUACUCGAAGAAAGGCGAGUGAUCGUUUAAUUUAAUUUCAAUUUCAGACAAUCCUAAACCGACAACAAACGAUGAUGCACAUAUGAACUUAUUAUCCUCAUUGCAUAUUUGUGUAGGUCAGAAAUGAGAUGAUACAACGAACAUACCGCAAAGUUCGUCUCUAUUAAAUCUCAUGAAUGUGAGAUUGUUUAUCUACCAUUUUACGGAAAUUCUAAUUUAGAAAAAAAUGUCUCGUCACAGCAACGUUAUACCCAAAUGGAUCAAAGUUGAACUCUUUGAAGAAAUUUUUCGCCAAACUCAGCCAAAGUAUCAAAGUACAAAAAACUUUAAAGUCUACCACGCUUUGGCUCCGGGCGAAAAUUAUGCAACUGUAAUGCUUAAAGUCGAAGCAGAAGUCAUGCUUAAAGAUGGUUCAAUAGACGAUCUUAGUUAUAUGCUGAAAAUAAGCCACAGCAGGGAACAUCUUCCCGAACAUUUUAAACAUUUCAAUGUGUUCGAAGUUGAGAACGGUAUGUACAAAGAAAUUGCACCAGAAUUCGAACGUAUGUAUGCCAAGGUUGGUAGGAAAGUAUGCUUUACAGCCAAGUCUUAUACGUUGGCAACUCAGGAAGAGCAUGUUCUUCUGGAAGAUUUAGGACGAUAUGGUUUCAAAAAUGUCAAAAGACAAGAUUGUUUGGACUUAGAGCAUUUGAAAAAUGCUUUAGAGAAACUUGCCCAAUGGCAUGCUGCUUCUGCGGUAAUGGUUCAACAAAAGGGUAUCUUCGAUAUGAAAUAUCAGAGAGGCAUGUUGAACGAGGGUGGCAAAGAAUUGCUUAGAACUAUGUUAGAUGAUUCCGGGCGAUAUCUUUUGAAAAACGUAACAAAAUUAGAAGGUCAUGAAGAAUAUUACGAAGAAGUGCAAACAUUCUUUUCGAAAUUUACCGAAAUUUUCUUUGAAAAUGCUCGUGUCGAUCCUAAGGAAUUUAAUGUUUUAAAUCAUGGCGAUUAUUGGUCGAACAAUAUCAUGUUUCAAUAUGCACCGGAUGGUAGUAUUAAAGCCACUCUUCCUGUUGAUUUUCAAAUCACCCGGUAUGGCAGUCCCGCACAGGAUUUAAUGUAUUUGAUAUUUUCAUCAGCCAGAUUGGAUAUAAAAAUUUCCAAGUUUGAUUAUCUUAUAAAAUUUUAUCAUCAGAAUUUAAUAGAAAAUCUGAUAAUAUUAAAUUAUUCCCAGCCUUUACCUACUUUAAGGGAAUUGCACCAAACGCUUAUCAAAUACGGUUUAUGGGGUAAGUUUGAAGGCAAAUCUUUGGAUACAAGAUCGCACUGUUUUUUCUUUCUUUUUUUUGCAGCCAUGGUGCCUGUAGCGGUUACUCUACCCAUAGUUUUAUGCGAACCUUCGGAGAAGGCUUCGCUUGAUAGUCUUGUCGGCCUAACAGAUAAUAGUCAAGAAUUCAAAAAUUUAUUGUAUUCGAAUGAACUUUUUCUAAAGCACCUAAAAUUAAUCCUACCCUGGUUACUGUAUCGCGGGGCUUUGGAAUAUUAAUUAAUUAAUUAUUGAUUAGGAGAAAAAAAAAAUGGAGAACUUUUGUGUUAGUUUGCUUUACUGAAUAAAAAAAUAAUAAAACAGAUUUUGCGACCUAAAAAUUUUAUCUAUUUAUUGCAUUCCCUGUCACCCUUGGCCAUACACGGGGAGCAUGUAUAGAAAAUCCAGAACUUGGAGAUAAACGAACCUUUGAUUAUACCGAUCAGUUCACAAUCACUUUCUAAAUCGAUCUAGGUUUCGCUGCCUGUCUGUCUGUCCAUCUGACUUGUCUAUGUAUACGCUCUUGUGCUCAUCCUUUUCGAAAUAUUUUGAUGUAAUUAGUUGCAUUGGCCAUCUUUGGCCCGAGGACAAACGCUAUUGAAAAUUCCUCAGAUUGGAAUAGUUUUCCAACCACUUCUCCUGUAACGCCUUAUUAUGAAAAAUCGUUAUAUGGGCAGUUGUAGGGAGUGUCUAUGCUGCGGUGUUUUUGCUUUUUUUAAUUAGUUUUCGUAGAGCUGUAUUUUCACUUAAUUAGUAUAACGAAAGUUGAGUAUGGUGCUUUAUAAAAUUCGGAAAACAUGACAGAAAACCGUAAAGCUCGCUUUCGAGCUCGCUUUAAGACUUUCAAAAAGAAACAUUUGUUCUUUUUAGGGGUUGGAAUUGUAAUCAGGAUCACAAAGUAACCAAGCCCCCUUCUUACAACGCUGACGUAAUAAUCUUACAAUAGACGGCGGCUGGCAAAUGCCCUUAAGCGAAUAAAACUGUUUCACUUAACAAGUAAUUUGCCGAUUGAAAUAUCCAGCCAUUCGAUGUAU